UUUCAUUCGACGAUUCGCCGUCGCCGCACACGCAGGUUAUUCGCUGCGCGCUCCGCCGACAAAAUAAACCGAAAAAUAAAUCAAACAAAGUGUUUUUCCCACGACGCGAGUUUUCCGCGGCGGUUUUUGGCCGAUUUGACUUUUGGAUUUUCACCAGUUUAACUUAGCUUUUCCGUUCAAGAGUUCGGGGCGUUCUUGCGUUCCUGGCCACCGAUGCAAAUCAAUUACGCCAGAUUUGCAGUGCAAAACAAUGGCGUUAUUUGUGCAACAACAAUUACUAAAACAACGGCGGCAACAACAGCAAAAUCAGCAAGAGCGAAAAAAACAACAACAAAGGCAAAGGAGCAGACAGCGCAGGACAUUCAGUUAGUUCCCCGUAAGGAUACGGCUCAACUGCUUGUGUGCAAAAAAAGAAAUAUAUCCCUACAAAUUACAAACAAGAACUAAAAAAAGUGGCCGAAAUCUGAGAUAAAAGAAGAUACACAGCGCAACUUGAACCGCAAUAGGAAAUCGCUACAGUUGCACCUGCGCAAAGAAUUGUCAUCAAAUCGAUAUCCGAACGCUAUUCUAUUUUCUUAGCUUUUUUUUGAGUGAAUUUCAAAGUGAAUAUAGAAACAUACAAAUUAAAAUUCAAUAAUUGAAUAAUUGAAUAAUUUACACCGCAAUGGAGCAAAUAACGAACUACUUCGAGCACAUGGAUUACGUGUCCUUCGGCGUGGUGGCGCUGCCGUGCGUGGUCAUCGCCGUCUACGGAUUCCUGCAGGUGGCCAGUGGCCUGGCCAAGUGCAAAAAUGACAAAAUGCAGCGUUGCAACCAGAACAGCAACAGCAACAGCAGCAGCAGCAACAUUACCACGACCAGCAACAAACGCUGCCCUCAAAAGUACACCGGCAACAACCUAGCCGCCACCAGCGGCAUGCUGGCCUACCAGCAGCACGCCACUGCCACUGCGGCAGCAGCCUUGCAGCACGGCAGCAGCGCCGGUGGCAAGAACUCCUCUCGCAAGAGCCGCUACAACAGCAACAAGCAGAGUCAGCAGCAGCAGCAACAGCAGCAGCAGCAGCAGCAGCAGUUUGAGCAUAUCCAGAAGCGGAAUGGAGCCGCUGGAGGCGCCGCAAGCGAGUGCUCUCCCGCGCCACCCACAGCCACCUGGCUCGAGCGGGGCUACGGACGCCGGCUGGCCCAUUCUUCAUGCAUCGAAGACAAAUUCCUAGGCCAGCACAAUCCGGGGCAUCGCAAUAGCACCAGCAGCGAGGCGACCAGCGAGGACAUAGACUCCAGCAGCGAGCUCCUGAACAAACCGAAGGGCAAUUCGAGCGCCGGCAGCAGCACCUUCAACAACCAUGUGGCAGGCAGCAGCAAGAGUCGCUCGAAGCGCCAGCAAAAGCCGUCCGGCCAGCAGGCUCGCAAUCCUGACCAGAAUGGCCAGAGGAGCGGAGCAGCGGCAACCAUGGCGGGCCAGAAAGCCAAGCAGGCGAAUGCCAAGUGGCGCCAACAGCAGCCCAAUCCCAGCAGCAACAUACAGCAGCAGCAGCAACAGCCACAGCAGCAGCAACAGCAGCAGCCGCAGCAGCAGCAGAAGCGCGGCAGGAACAAGAAGUCCGCGAAGUGCAGCAGCAGCAUCGGCAAUUCCGACAGCAACAUGGUCAAACACGGCGGCAACAGUCAGCGGAAGACCUGCGAUAGUAGCUCCUCCUCGGCGCUGAGCUCGCCCACCAGUUCGCCCACCAGCUCCCCCCACGCCAAUGGAAACCGGAAGCGGAUCGAACGAUCCUUGAUGCCGGGAGCCGCUCUGGAAUGGCGCCGGGAGCGGGAGCGUGGUCGCCAGAACGCCAACUUCCUGGUGCCACCCCUCCGCCAGUACGAGCAACUUGAUCUGGACGACACCACCGUGGUGCAGCAGCUGCGUCGGCACAUCAUAGAUCACCAUCUGCUGAGAGUCUACGGCUUUCCCGUGGAGUCGGUGGUCCAUGAAGGCGCCAUCGAAAUCUUCAAGUGCCUGCCGCACAUGAGUUUCGCAGCUGCACUGGCGGAAACUGCACCGGCAGUCACGGUGAUCAACUACCACGACGGGCUGACCAACCGCGCGGAGGAGGAGGUGGCCACCUCGACCGACUCCGGCAACAGCUCGCCCCGCUCCCUGGACUCCGAGUCGGGCGGCGAGUGGAGCGGCAGCGAGUGCGAGUCCUCGAACUCAUCGUCCUCCUCCACCGGCGACGCCGAGCUGAGUCUCGAGCUCAAGUACUGCCAGUACGUCCAGGUGGAACGGAGUCUGGCCAAGCCGUGUGCCCGCUGCAAGCGCCACUUUCUGGUGGACGAACUGACGGGCCAAUACUUGACCCGCGAGGAGUGCCACUAUCACUCGGGCAAGUACCAACGGUACUACGACGGCGUCUGCCACGGACGCUGGACGUGCUGCAACGAGGGCGAGGAAUCCUCCCCGGGAUGCUGCCUGGGCGACCGGCAUGUGUGGACGGGAUCGGUGGUGGGUGUCAAUGGGCCCUAUUACGACUUCGUUAGGACCGAGCAGCGGGGAUCCAGCGAGGACGAGCCCGCCGUGUACGCUCUGGACUGCGAGAUGAGCUACACGGGUCGUGGUCUGGACGUGACCAAGGUCUCCCUGGUGGCGCUCAAUGGACAAUUGGUGUACGAGCACUUUGUUCGGCCCGAGUGCGACAUAAUUGACUACAACACCCAGUAUUCGGGCAUUACGGAGAGGGAUCUGCGUACCGGAGCCAAGAGUCUGGCCGAGGUCCAGCGGGAUCUCCUCCAGCUGAUCACGGCGGACACCAUCCUCAUCGGACACGGGCUGGACAACGAUCUGCGCGCACUGCGCCUGGUGCACAACACCCUGAUCGACACCUCCAUCAGCUUCCCGCACUGCAGCGGGUUUCCCUACCGCCGCGCCCUGCGUCACCUGACAAAGGUUCACCUCAAGCGGGAGAUCCAGAGUGGCGACGGCACCACGGGACACAGCAGCUUCGAGGACUCGCGGGCCUGCAUGGAGCUGAUGCUGUGGAGGGUCAACCGUGAGCUGGAUCCCGCUUGGAGCUGGGACGAUUGAGGGGUCUCGAUCGGGCUCCAUCGGGCUCCGUCGGGGAUGGAUUUGGGGACGGAUCGGUAACAUUGGGGGGCAGCAAGUACUUUUAGUUGUUAAGCCAGUAGGAACGCCUAGUUUGUACUAGUACUGUAUUCAACAAAACACAAUCGUAAAAUCUCAGCUGGGUUGCCCACCUGGCAAUCGGUCUCUAUAACACCACUGUUAACUAACUGACUUAUCUCGGUUAAACAUCUGUAUAGGGCCCAAUUGCCAGGGGUUGGCUCAGCGUAUCUAUAUCAAGUAAAUCGCAAAAUUGAAAUGACAAAAAUGGCAAGAGAGGAAGAGGAGCAAGCGAAGGAUGAGGAGGAUAAGCACAUAAUUAUAUGCGGUACAUAAGGUACAUUUUGUAAGCGUAUAUUUAUAGAGAAAUAGUACUUUAAUCUACAUAUGUAUAUACACAUAUUGUUUUUUUUUUCUUGAUUUAUUUCGAACCACGAGAAAAUGUACUGAAGUUUUAACUGUGAUGUUUUUUCACUUUCUCACAUAUUUACACGACAAACGAAAAUGAAAAGUAAAAGCUUAAAAAAAGAAUAGAAAAAUACAAAAAUGCAAAAAUACAAAAAUAUAUACAUACCCGCACAUACAUUAUUUUGUUAAGAAACGCAAAAAAGAAAGGCAAUCCAAAUAAGUUUAAUUUUGACCAAAACUUUCAACUAAAAUCACUCCAUUUAUCUUCAUUUACCAUUAGGUUUCGUUAGGUUUCGUUUCGUUUGGUUUCGUUUCGUUUUUUUUACCCCCCAAUCAUUUCUUUUAUUUUUUUUACGAAUAAAGCAUCUCAUAUACAAAAGGAAACGAAGAAAAGUAAAGUUUAACUUGAACUACUUUAUACACUAUGCAUAAUCGUAAGUUAGGUUAACCUUUUGUUUUCUGCAAACGUUUUGAUUAUUUAUUUAACGAAUCACGCGACAAGUUCAUUGAAAAUUUCUUCAAGUGUACAAUUUUCCACAUUGAACUCCCCCAUUUUAGGCUAAGAAAUACUUUUCGUUUUCUCUCCAGAAACUGUCGACGUUUAACUAUUGUUCCUCGAUUCUGGUUUUCUGAAACGAGCCGAGGAAUACUUUAUUUGAAAAUCGAUGUUCCUAGCAGAAUAAGUUUCAGCACAAGUACACUGCGCCAAGCAGAUGUCUUUAUAUUGAACGGAAAAAGAGAAGAGUAAUGCAAAUGCACAACGAAAAUUUGAAGAGAAUAAAAGCAACAAAGAUUUGUCUAAAACUAAA